AUGACACAUUCAGAUCUUGAAAAAAAUAUUGACAACGUUGGUGAAACCAAAAAGGAGAGUUCGUUAGAUAGCUUUCUGCACUCUUUGGAAGAUGAACUGAGGCAAAUAGAACCUAUUCGGACAGAAGCUACUACCAAAAAAAGUUCGUGGUUUGAUAUUAUGGCAUCGCUGUUGAAUGCAGAAACAAAAGGGAUUGAAAUAGUUACGGAUGAAGAAAAGGGUAAUGAUUCUAUUUGGAAUGCGGUCACUAUGUGGCUCUCAGCAGAUUUGGUCAUCGCAACAUUCGCCUUGGGAGCACUUGGAGUCACUGUCUUCGGUCUCAGUUUCUGGCAAUGUGUAUUGACUAUUUUAGGGUUUUCCUUUAUUGGUGUCUUUCCAAUUGCUUAUUUUUCUAUAUUUGGAGCUAAAUUAGGUCUUAGACAAAUUAUACUAUCCAAAUUUUUGGUUGGUGACUAUUGUAUGAGAAUUUUUGCUUUCAUAAAUGUUAUCGCAUGUGUUGGAUGGGGUGCUGUUAAUAUUAUGAGUGCUGCGCAAUUAUUACACAUCGUAAACAAUGGAGCUCUUCCACCAUGGGCCGGAUGUUUGAUUUUGGUCAUUUGUACUAUCAUCGUUUCCUUCUUUGGAUAUCAUGUUAUUCAUAUGUAUGAAACAUGGUCAUGGGUACCCAACGCAGUUGCUUUUAUUGCAAUAAUUGCAAGAAUGGCUAUGUCUGGCAACUUCACUUUUGGAGAAAUGGUUGGAGGUCAAACUACAGCAGGUAACGUUUUAAGUUUUGGUGGUGCAGUUUUCGGUUUUGCUACUGGUUGGACCACUUACGCUUCAGACUAUACUGUGUAUCAGCCCAGAAAUGUUAGUUCGACCAAAAUCUUUUUUGGUAUCUUUGCUAUGUUGUAUACAACUUUGGUAUUUACCUUGAUAUUGGGUGCCGCAUGUGCUACUGGUACUCUUACAAACCUGCGUUGGGCAGAGCUUUAUGCUGAAAAGUCUGUUGGAGGUUUAGUUUAUGCUAUUUUAGUGGAAGACUCCUUACACGGUUUCGGAGAAUUUUUAUGUGUUCUUUUAGCUUUGUCACUUAUUGCUAAUAAUAUUCCAAAUAUGUACUCUCUUGGUUUAUCAGCACAAGCAGCAUGGUCACCAAUGGCCAAAGUUCCAAGAUUAGUAUGGACACUUUUAGGAAAUUUCGCUACCUUGGCAGUCUGCAUACCAGCGUACUAUAAAUUUGAAGAAGUUAUGGAUAAUUUCAUGAAUAUGAUUGGAUAUUACUUAGCAAUCUACCAAGCCAUGAGUUUUUCUGAGCAUUUUAUUCAUAGAAGAGGUAACUUCGCUAGUUACGAUUACGAAAAUUUCGAUAGCAAGUUGUCAUAUCCUAUUGGUAUUGCAGGAAUAUUUGGGUUUUGUUGUGGUGUAGCGGGUGUUGUUUUAGGUAUAAAUCAAGUAUGGUAUUCUGGUGUACUUGCUCGCAAGAUUGGUGAGUUUGGGGGUGAUAUAGGAUUUGAAUUGGGCUUCGCCUUUGCAUUCGUUGGCUUCAACUUGGUUAGACCUUUCGAAAAGAAAUACACCGGUCGUUAG